CAUGCAUUUGUAUUUUCCAUUGUUAUAUGUUAUACAUCAAAAUUGUAAAAAAUAUAUAUUUUCGAGAUUUUGAAAAUUAGAAGGCAAAUUUAUUAUUAAAACAUCAGUCGAGACUUUAAGGACAUGUUUAGACUUGUUCGAUAUUGAUUUUUUUACAUCUGAAAUCCAUACCGUCAUUGUUCUUUAUCUCACCGGUAGCUGUAUACGCCCGUAUUGUAUAAAUUUAAUUUUAACCUCUUUUCAAUGCUUCUUUUUUUAGACUUUCACGCGAGUCCAAAAGCAGAAUAGAGCUGUCAAAUAUUAUCAGUCCUAUUCUUAUUGAAAACUUCCGGGGAAAUGCGGUUGGGAAAAAUACUCCAAGCAAAAAAUGCUUCCGGAAAUUUUGCUCCAAUUUCGCUUUCUCAUCAUUAGUAGCGAAAAGGGAACAAAACUAAAGCGGAAAUGAACGAUAUUCUGGGAUUUUUUGAUUGAGAGCCCUUCCCCAGAAUACAUUUCCCCAGGAGUUUUUCAAUAGGGCUGAAUAAAAAAAAGUCGACGACGAUAGUCAGCCUUAUCACGAAUUCCAUUUGUAUCGGAAGUUUUCUACGAUUCCCGAAAAAAACAAUCACAAUAUCCGAUCGUAGUGACGAUUUGUAUGAAAUUUUCCAUUACGAACGGAAUCAUUGACUAUUUUUUCUGGAAUUGUAGCAAACUUCCGAUACGAAUGGAAUUCGUGAUAAGGCCGGGUGUCAAGCCCUCGUAAAGCCCUAUACUUGAAUAAUCUGGCGAUAGUUUUUCAAUUAUUUAGUUUGAAGGCAAUUGAGUAGCAAACUAAACUUUUUAAUCGUAGGAUACUUAAUCUUUCUAGUAGGCGCACUUUCAUUUAUUUACAUACUGAUCAAUAGACCGACUAAAACUUCAGCCGAUAAAAAGUCUUUAGUGUGCGGGGGCUCUGAAUAUCUAAUUUUCAGCCCUAUCCUGAGUUUCACGUGGAAAUUUUUCCACCCAAAAUAUUUUUGUUCGUCCGGAAUUUUAAAAGCUAUUGUGAGUUUUUGCCAAAGGGAAGUUACAUUUUUUGUUCGCCACCAAAAUUUAAGUGAGAAAAUAGCUGUCAUUCGACUACUUCGCAUACUACCUGAAAAAAAAAAUCAAAAUAUGGAUUGUUUUCUGAACGUUAACAAAUUUUUACCCUGAAAUCACAAUAGGGGAAAAGUGAAAUUCGAUUUUUCCGGGCGGAAUACUGUUAACGUGAAACUCACGAUAGGGCUGUUUUUUUUUAUCAAAAAUAGAACAAUGUAUAUAUAUUUCGAAGUAGAAUUUUCUGUUUUGUGUGGCCACCGGUGGAAUCGCUAGUUUAUUUUCAAUUUGAAACUUUUUCCAAAAAUUAAAAUACAGCUACAUCAAUUAUAGAUGUCGCUAAAAAAAAUUCCCCUAAUCGAUUCUACUAGAGAAUAUACAAUGUAAAGAACGUGAAUUAAUUUAUGGCGUGAAGUUAUUUUGAAAAAAAAAAAUGUACUACCGAACAAAAACAUAUUUCAAAAAGGAACUACGAAUAGAAGCUUAUCAAUGGAAGUCGGCGCUAAAACUGGGAAUAUACACUAUUUCUAGUUUACUAUUACAACUUUCUAAACAGAUGUCACAGAAAACAUUGGAGUCAAUGAAGUUGACGAAAACGACAACGUGUCUGUUAAAACCAGUGGUUCUCUUCCAGUGGAAAUGCUUGACCUAAAUGAAAUGGACCAUUUCAGCGAUAGUGAGCCGGAGCCGAUUCAAGAAACCGAAAAAAAGCCAGUAACAAAAAUGGAGGAAAGUGAAGAAAAGUAUACACCCGAUUCACAGAAUUUUGUAUGCAAUGAAUGUGGGCGAACAUAUGCUCGUAAAAAGAAUCUCGAUAAGCAUAUGAAGGCGCAUAAAGAGCUUGCAGAGGGUGUUAGAAAACCUCCAGAAAAAUUUGGCAUAUGCCCACAUUGUGGUGAUAAUUUUCCCCAAAAAAGUCUACCCGUACAUAUACGCCGGCAUACCGGUGAAAAGCCAUUCGCUUGUGAUCAAUGUGAAAUGCGAUAUGUUCGAAAACAAGAUCUUAUUGUACAUAAACGAUGCCACACGGGUGAAAAGCCUCAUAUAUGCACUACUUGCGGCAAAGCAUUUUCACGGGCAAAUCAGCUUGUACGACACAUUCGAGUGCAUACGGGUGAACGUCCUUACAAGUGCACACAAUGUGACAGAGGUUUUGCCCAGAGAAACGACUUAAAUCUUCAUAUACGUCGGCAUACCGGCGAAAAGCCCUAUCAAUGUGGCUUGUGUGGUGAAAGCUUCAUAAACGGAACCAACUUGAAAAAUCACAGAAAGAUUGCUGAUCAUUAUGAAGAAGAGAGGCGAGAUCGAUUUGAGAAAAUUCGAGUGACCAAUCCCAGAAGGUCAUAUCGAGCAACACCGUUGCCUAAACCACAACAAAUACCAGUUUUACCUGCAUUAGUUUUAGAACAAACGGAACAAGAACUUUAAAAUUCCUAAUUGUAAUUAAAGUAUAUGUCUUGAUGUUUCCUCAAACAUUGGCUUCUAAUCGUUUCCUCUCACGAAUGGGAGCAGAAUAAGUGUAAAAUCAAAAAAUGUCUGGCUAUUCAAUUCAAUUAUAUUGAUUCUUGUAAAUAAUAAAAUGAUCCACAAAAUAUAUGUAUUCUUAGCGUCUAAAGUAAGUUUCGUUUUUCGUUAACGAGUUGUUUUUCAUUGCUAAGCUAAGUUUUCUUAAUUAUUCGUUCAGAUCCGUGUGACGGACGAAUUAUUGGAUUUUGAUCAAAUUUUUUAACAAAAUUUCAUAAUCAAUAAAAUUUAAAUGAAAAAAAAAACACAUGAGUACAAUAACAUAGGUGACAAAAAAUAGUAACGGAUUCUUGUGGAGCAUAUAAAAGCAAGCAUUUUUUUAUUGAAAGAAGGGGUGCUUCUCCACACAUCAUAAACAGCCUUAUUGUAAUUUAAACAAAUUUAGAUGUUCAUAAAUAUCCUAUUUUGUAUAAUAUUUUUUCUCAUGUCUAUUUAUUCUCAAAAAUCACAGAAAAAAUCUGUUUUUGAUCCUUUAGCAACGCCAAGAUCUGUAGAUUUGCUCAAACAAUGGGUGAUAUGCAUACAAAAUAAUAAAUGCUUUUACUUGAAAAAUUGUAACGUAUGAACAUUUUUAUCCACAUUUUGUGCAUAUCAAACCUAGUUUAUACUUAUAUUUCCUAUUGCUAGUAUUUACUAUUUUUAUGCAUAUGGGCCAAUAACUCUUAAGCCCCCAUUAUUUCUACUAUGGCUUAAAGCAGGAGUCAACGCAAGAAUUUAUUUAUUUAAAGAGAAAUCAAUUGACGGAGUAUUGAAAACAAAAACAUCAAAGCUUUGAAAUUAGCGUUAAAUUUUCAGAUGUAUUGGUUCAGUGAUUUGUUUUUUUGUUUUAGGAUAAGCAAAAAAAAAAACAGAAUUUGUGAAAAGGGAGUCA